AUCCGGUUUAAAGGAAAAUUUUCAAAAUUUUUGAUAAUUUUUUAAUCAAGUCUUUCGAUGUACUUUUUUUUGUGUGGCGUUAUUUUUUCGCAAUAUUGUUCAUUAGAAAUAAUAUGUGCUUCUAUAGUUAUCGAAGUACAUAUUUUCUGUUGGACAAUCUCAGACUUAAAACCUGCUGUAUAACGUUGCUCGAAAACCGCAAUCGUUGUAUCUAGUAGAACGAUUCACACAAGUUACAUUUUCAUAAACGAAAUACUCGUAGGUACUUCAAGUGACUCGAAAAACACCUACACAAAUACGAGCUGACGUAGAUUUAAUUUUUAAAGCAAUCGAUGAAUUGGUAAAUCUUGAAUAUCCGAGUUGAAAAAACUACGCAAAAAAUUUUGAAAACCGACGCGACACUUUAUUGACGUAUAUACCUACAUGGCUACAUAUUAUGUAAUUAUGUAUACUACCUUGAUUAUACAUACAUAUAGUACUUGGGUAUACUGUAAACGGUUACAUAUAGGUGGGUACUCGGAACUUGGCAAAAAUAUGGAAAACUCACCUCAUAUAGGUAGUUUCAUUGUGUAUAAUCUUGUCAAGUACGUACAAUCGAAAAUGGCGAAUUUUUUAAACAAUCGAAGUUAAAGUUGCUUAACCUUUUUUUUUAUAUCAGAAAUAACAAUUAGUGGAGUGUAAGUACUUAACUAAGUACAUCUACAUAUUUCCUUAGGGUUCAUAAAUUUAGUAUGUAGGUAAUUUAGUGGAUUACGUCUGUAUAGACCGGGUGAAUUCUAAUAUUUUUCUUCAAGGCAAGUAAGUAACCCUGUUUUUUAAAAAGUUUUUAAGGGGUUCAAAACAUCAAACACGCAGAAUCUCGCUACUCAAUUGUUUUUUAAUUUUUUUUUCAACCCUCGCUAACUCACCAUAUACUUAACUUUAAUGGUCAAUUUUUACCAAAAGUUUCUUCUCACAAUGUAUUAUAUGAGAAACGACCAAAUUCGUUAAUUUUCUCCAUAUUUUAUAAUUUUAUUUAAAAAAAUAUAGUCGCGAAGUUUUAUUUUGGGAACUACUACCUGCCUUUUCGGGCGACCGAGACUAAUGUCAACUUGAAAUAGAUUAUUCCAUAAUUUCACUUUUCAGUAAUAUUUAGUAGGUUUUGUUUUAUUGUUCUCUCUUUUUUUUUUUUUUUAGAGUUUUGCAAUUUUUUUGCAGAAAUUUGACUCUGAAAAAAGUUUUUGUUUCCCAACUUCAAUCUAAUUUGGGUGAGGAACGCUAUCGAGGGGAGUCGAAACAAAAAAUGAUAGCGAUUUUCGAAUUCAGCGCAAAAUUUUAACGAUUUUGAUGAAUUAGAACGACAUUUUUGGACAAAUUAACAUUUCUGAUUUCAGUAGAGAAGACUGGUGGUAGCCGGUAGGGCGAGUGAGCACGUGACAUCACACAAAACAAUGGGUAGGUACCUACCUAAACCUAUAUCGGCUAUGUCACACAACAUUUUACUCUUUUUUCAAAAUUACGUCAAAAUUUUGAUGCUAUUUGUACUCCUAAUGGUUUUUCGAAUCCCAUAAAGAAAAAAUUGAUAGUUGUAAAUAGGUACAUAAUUAUCAUGAAAAUGUUUAGGUAGGUAACUUCUGGAUUUUUUUUCAAAUGUUUCAAAUUGUAGUUUCGAAUUUAGGCAAGGUUUUGAAAAUUUUGCUUUCAUGUGGGUGGACACUUUCGGAUUCUUACCAUUUUAAGAAAUGAUCACUCCUUACUGGGCAAAAAACCAGUAAUUUUCAAAAUUGCCAAUUUGUAUCUAAUCUAAAAAAAAAACUUGAGGUGACCACAUUUGGGCGUUUUACUUUAUUGAAAAAUAUCAUAGAAAAUUAGCUCAUCAUUUGGAAUGUAACUAAGAAAGCUUAUUUGAUUCAGAUCAACCAACCGGAACGGAACUUUGAUGAGCAGAAUUUGUACCUCCCUGCUCCCUUUUUUGCAACAAAAAAUCGCUUUAAAAUGUGUGCUUGUUUUUUUCCUGAUAAUCGACGUCCGCUACAUUGUUCAAUAUUCAUAAGAAAUCAUACCUCCUAUUCUGUAAAAAAAAAAUUGAAAUGAAUAUCUGCUGUAUCGUUACCAUAAUCGCUUUGACGUAACGUUUUGAAUCAAGCAGAAUCUAUUUAACUUAUGCGUGCCACAUUUGCUUCGAAUCUUUAUUUCCCCCUCUAGAAUGACAUAUUUUCAUUUAAAUUGUGAGUUGUUAUAAGGUAUCUACUACCUACAUUCUGCAUUCCACAGGAAUAUGGAAACCUCAUUUCCCACAGUUUUCCUACUAGUGAUCUUUUCAAAAAUAAUAGUCUGCGAUGGAUUUUGUUCAAAGGACCCAGAAUGUCUAAAUUCAUUACCUGAAAAAAUAAAAUGGUGGAAAACCAAAGAAUAUGGCUUGGAGAUUUCCGGCGACGUUCGUGUAGACAAAAAGUUGGAAGGUUAUGAAGCAUCGACUCAAAUACAAGUGAAUAAAAUAGGACGUCCUCAAAUGAAAGCAUCAGUUAAUGACUUGAUUGUGAGAAAUCGGAAAAAUAAAGAUCCUGAUUUUACCAUCCAUAAAUUGGACCCCAUAUCAUACGUUUUCGCUGGGAAAAAAAUGUUGAUAACUUUUACAAAUGUGAAAAUAAUAAAUUUACACACUUAUGAUAACAAAACAUCGGAUUUCUCUCAAAAGGGUAUAUACGAACGGGGAGAUUAUAAUAUUGAUAAAGAGACUCGUGAAAAAAUACAAACUGCAAGUAAUGAUAAGACCAGAAAAGACCCAGUCCCGUCAUCAUUUAUAAACAGAAUAAAAAUGGAAAAUGAAGAACUAUACAUUCUAAAUAGAAGAGAUGUAAAAUGGACGAUCAAUAUUAAAGCUAAUUUUCUAUCCGUGAACCCUAAAACAAAAAAACCGCAGCCAAUUACUUUCGUAGCAAAUUUCAAAAUACAACCAGACAAACGAGAUGAAAAUGCUGCAGCCGAUGACCAAACUUUACGAUCAAAGGGUAGAGUCAAAAUUGAAUUUCAUAACCUUGAAUUCGGCACCCAACUCACGAUUACACACACUGAUGAUCCUCUCAGAGAGUUUUUUGACAGUAAAAUAAAAAGUGAUAACCUCGUUCCAGAUUUGAAUAUAGAUUAUAAAAUAGACGAGGUUAAAAUACUUGAAGACAGUAUAAAAUUAUUACCUUAUGACCAAGAUGACGAUUUUUCAAAAAAAAUGGACGAACGAGAGCACGUCAACUAUAAUGUGCCAGAACCAAAACCUGCAGUUGAAAAACAACCAUCUAAGGAGGACUCGGAGGAAAUACUAGAUACAAUAUCACCGUCAGUUGAAAAACCAAAAUACUUGGAAGACGAUGAAGAAAAAAAGAUGGUCGUGCAGCAUUUCAAAGUAUUAGCGGAUCUGGUUAUAACAAACACAAAAGAUUUUAGUAGAAGAAUGUGUAUCAAUUUAAUACCGAAAAUGGCUUGGAAAAUAAUGCAUAUGGAACACAAAAGGCAAUUACCAAACCUUUUCCAUGAAAUAAUAGCAUAUAAUGAUGAUUUCCAAGAAAAAGCACCCUUAGAACCGGUUCCUAGAUGGGCUUUUAUUUCCCAAGGUGUUAGUAUGCUUAAAGGAUGGGUCGGUUUGGUCAAAUUUCCAGAUCCGGUAUCAUUAGAUGAUGAGGAUUAAGAUUACUCAACAAAUAAUAUAGGUAUGUAUCGAUGUAAGGCUGGAUAUUUCAUGUGAAUAACCAUAAAAUGGAAAUUAUAAUAUUUUUAAGCAGAAGCACAGAAUUGACAUCAUUUGUGAUUAAUAAUUUAAAUAAAUGUAAUUACCAAAGCACGUGGCUCCAAAAUAACUUGAAAGUACUUCUAGUCGAAUCAGCAUGUUGACAUUAAGGUGCAGAGCAAAUUUCGGCUUUCUAAUUCCAUUUGGUGAAAUUUUUUGUUUCGAGUUACCUACAAC